ACAUUUUGUGUUUAUUCUCGCGUCACAUACGGCAACUCCGCAACAAUUUUCUAUUUGGCAAGAAGAAAUUGCAGAGGUUUUUCAUACGAAAAACGCAGUUAUAUAUUGCCAAAAACACAUUAAUGGAUUGCUAACAAGGUGCCAGAGUGAACAUAUUGUGUCAGCGAGGACGCUGCAGUGACCGUUUGCGAGCAUAUCUCCAACAAGAGCAGCCACAACAACAGUAGCAAGCAAGCAGUCGCAGCAGUAACAACAACAACAACAACAUCCCAAUACAAUUGCAAAAACAACACACAAAAAAGAAAAAACGAAGAGAAAAAGAGAAAUAAAAGUCGGCCAGCUGCAUUUGACAUCAUUUAGAGGCAGCGGCGCUAUUUAUUAUGGACAAGAAAUCAUCGCCCGUGCGACGACAAAAGCGCCAAGCGAAAGUAAUCGAGGAGAACUUCUGGGACUGCAGCGUCUGCACGUACAGGAACUCAGCGGAGGCGUUCAAGUGUCGCAUGUGUGACGUGAGGAAAGGCACUUCCACGCGUAAGCCACGCCUCAACUCGGCGCUAGUCGCUCAGCAGGCGGCCACAUUGCCGGGCGCCAGUGGCAACAUGCCCAACGGCAAACCGGCGUCGAGUUCGCGACAUGGCAGCGGGCACGACAGACAACGACACAAACGUUAUCCAGCCCGCUUGAAGAACGUGGAUCGGUCCACGGCGCAAACACGUGAGGUGACCGUCAAUUCGGUCACGGUCUUUAUCACAGAAUACAAGGCCAAGCCAGUGAGCAGUCGACGCGAGUCCAGCGAACAGAGUUUCAGCGAGAGCAACGACAGCAGGAGUUAGGCUUAAUCCUCCCUCUCAUUACUCUCUAUCUAAUUUAUAUAUAUAAGCAAAAGGGCAAUUUUUGUGUUCCCAUUUUUAUUUUGUUUGUUCUCUAUAUGGUCGAGAUAUAGAUGAUCUUUUACCCCUUCGCCUUCCUAUCUACAUUGCCCACUACCCUUCCUCCCCCCUCUAUAUACGAAAUCCAAUGUCGUCUAAGUGUACAACUAAAAAUUGUAAAUUCUAAUAAUAGGCCUAAGUACAAUUGUAAAUCUAUAGCCUGUUCUUAAGUUAGCAAGUAUUAAGCGAUCUUCAUGUUCAAAUUAUUCCCAAAAAAAAAAAGAAAACACAGAGAAGCAGCUGCCACAGCAUCAAUGAGGCAAAUAGCAAAAUCAAAAACAAAGAAUUCUUCCAAAAUUGUACAGCAAACAAAACACACAGAAGAUUUGCACCGCUUUUGUAGCUGAUAACUGCAUUUAAAUGACGCUGUGGUCUGCUAAAAAGAAAAAAAAAACGAAAAACAAAACAAAU